UUCCCCUCCCAGCUCCACGAGUCGCUUCUCCCUGCUCCGCGCUGGAGCCUGCCAACACGCUCUCUAGCAGGAGGCUGUGGGAACCACCAUGGGGGAGGUCCUGGUUCUGGUGGAUUUUGCUGGGCAGCGGGAUGAUGAGCUGCAGCUGAAAGCCGGGGACAUCGUGCAGAAGGUGGAGUCGGGCCCGGAGGAGGGGUGGCUGCAGGGGGAGCUGGCUGGCAAGACGGGGCUCUUCCCCCGGCAGUUUGUGCAGGAAAUCCCAACGUCUCUCAUGGCUGACAGAGGUCGGAGGUGCCCCCGCUCGACCCGCUUUGCGAAGAAGCCACCGGUGCAAAGGCAGCGCUGGUGCAAGGUGAACUUCAGCUAUACACCGGAGAAGGCGGAUGAGCUGCAGCUGAAGGCCGGGGAGCUGGUGCAGAUCCUGCAGGAGAUCGAGGAUGGCUGGUGGCUGGGCAGGAAGAACGGCCAGGUUGGUGCUUUCCCCUCCAACUUCGUCCAGGAGCUGGACAGGCUGCCCCCAGGGCUGGUGGCCCCAGAGCCCCUCCUGAAGAAUGGGGCUGGGAAGCAGAGACCGAAGCUGACUGAUGAGACCUUCAUCAUAAAGGAGGCAGAGAAGCCAGAGCCCCCCAAGAAGUUGGAGAAGCCCAUCGCCGCAACCCAGAGCCCCCCGCCAAGCCAGCCCCUGCAGCCGUACUGCGAGGCCGAGUACUGCAAGGCCAUGUUCGACUACGAGCCGGAGCUCCAGGACGAGCUGCAGCUGAAGAGAGGAGACGUGGUUUUGGUUCUCUGCAAGGAGACGGAGGAGGAGGGCUGGUGGGAAGGGGAAUGUGGUGGCAAGAGAGGCCUCUUCCCCGAUAACUUUGUGAUGCUGCUGCAGCCCCUGGUGCCAAAGAUUAAGGCCGUGGUGCCCUCGCGGAGCCAGGAGUCGAUCUUCAGGCCGGAGAAGAAAGUCACCAGCGCCAUCAAAGCGGAGCUGCGGCCCACACACGAACCCAAAGAGCCCAAGGUGCAGAAGAAGAUGGACCUGCCCAAGAUGAACCUCCCUGCCAGCAAGAAAGCGGCUCCAGCCCCUCCCGUCCCUGCCAAGACCAAACUGGCCUCCAGCCUUGCCGGCAGGCCCCCCUGCACCCCGACGAACUGUGUCCCAGCCAGUGCGGAGAAGAGCAAGACCAAGGACCCAGAUGCAAAUUGCUUUGAUGCCGUCCUGAUCUCCAAUGCCAAACUGAGCCACCCGACCACGACCCGUCCCAAAAUGCCAGGCAGGAAGCCUCCCAGCCAGCUGCCCGCUAGCUCUCCGGAUGUGAAGGCGCCUCUGCUCCCAGCCAAGAGCAGCGCCCAGGCCAGGGAGCUGCAGCCCCUGGAGAGCCUGGGCGACCCCCCCAAGGCGCAGGAGAAGCUGUCCCUGGAGGAACUGGUGGCCGAGCUCCGGUCCCUGCGCAUCCUGAUGGACCUGAUGAGGGUGCAGCACCAGAAGGACAUGGAGGAGCUCAAGAUGGCAAUCAAGGAGGAGCAGGCCAAGCGUAUGGUGCUGCAGGUGGAAAUCGAGAGCAUGAAGCAGAUGCCUGCCCUCGAGGGAGCAGGAGCGGCUGGGCCGGGCAGUGAACUGGAGGUACUGCCGGCCACGCUGUGACGUCCACUGUGCAGAGGCCUCGCUCUGCAAACUCUGCUGGGGCCGUUAAACUUGCAAGAGAAUCACUGGCCAUUGAUUCCUCUUGGUGUCUGUUCACCCCGAGGCCAGCUCCCUGCCCCGGGGAGUGGGGAGAAGGCCCAGAGCCCCUCCAGCUCAUCUCCUGCUGCGUCUGCUCACUGGGCCCUCCCUCGGGGGAAGCACUGUGAGGGGCUCUGGGCCACGCAGCCCCCUGAGCGCUGUGCUGGGGUGCAGCCCUGGGCCCGCUGGGCUGACCCUCUGGGGGAUGCUGGUUUUGUGAUGGGCAGCACAGGGCACCUGGGGGCUGCCUGGGGAGUUAGCGAUGCCCUAGCAGGACCAGAGUGCAAAUGCUGGCAGCGCACAGGCCUGGUCUCGCCGGGAGGGGGUGGGGGGGGGCUGGCUGCUGCCUGGAUUUGGGCAGUCAUCACCCCCCGAGCCCCAUCACCUGCUCAGCUCCGAAUGUCCUGCCUGUAGAUCAAAGGAGGCCCCUCCGUCCCCCUGCCCCGGGAGAGGCCGCCCCAUGUCCCAGCAGCAUCUGUCCCUCUCUGGAGAUUGGUCCUGAGCUCCUGGCUCUCCUCUUCUGCCCUGCUCUGUCCCAGCCUUGGCGUGUGUGUGUGUGUGUGUGUGUGUGUGUGUGUGUGUACAGCCAUCUUUUAGCCCAGCACAACUCUCAAAGCCCAUCUGUGACCCUAGCCCUAAAAUCUCCCAGGGGGCUGCUGAUGCUGACCCCUCCCGGACAAAAAUCCCUGUGCUGACUGCCCCCAGCCCUGUGCCGCGCGUCAGCCCUGGGGUCACCUGACCCCGGGUUCUGACUAGACCAGGAUAACAGACUUUGGAACAGCUUCGCCCUAGUGCAGACAGCUAUCUGCAUUGUCCUGCUCAGCUGGUCCUGUGGAGUGAGCUCCCUCCCCCCAGCUAACGCGUUACAUCCUGCCCUGUCCGCACUCAGAUGUGUUGUCUAAGCUGUCCCUGGGCCAGACGUGGGUGCGGGAACCUCAUCCUAGUUAACCUGGGAUAACUCGUGCAGGCUGGAUCCACGUGUCCCCAGGGUCCCCCACAAGUUGGCGCCACUGCAUGUGUCCUGUCUGCACUAGAAUCUAAUUGUGUUAGUGAGCAUGUGUUCAAACAUGACCGAGCAUUGGGGUCUGUAGAGUGACCCGGCUCUCUGCCAGCCCCCUCCCCAUCAGGAGCCCUGGCCGACCCCUCUGGUUCUUCCUAUGCCCUUUUAAUCCUGAGAACUGGGCGUUUCUCCCUCGCUCUGAGAGCCGCUUCCUGCCGUGCCCACCGGUUCGCUCCUGCUCUGCUUGUCUGACAUGGGGGUGGGGCUGGAACAGCUGUGAAUGUCCCUCGCCCCCAGGAGCCGCUGUCCCACUGCUGACAGCCUGAAGUUUUAAAAACUAUUUUAUAAAUAUGUGUAAAAUGUUAAUAAACUAUUUUUAUACAAAUCUUA